CAGAAGAAGAAGAAGAAGAAGAAGAAGAAGGAGGAGGCAGAAUUAAUGCGAGUCACAUGACAAGACAGCACCUUCGACUGAUCUGAUAUACACUUAGUAAUCAUGCCAACCACACAGCAGUCGCCCCAGGAUGAACAAGAAAAGCUUCUAGAUGAAGCUGUGCAGGCUGUCAAGGUCCAGUCUUUCCAGAUGAAGCGAUGCCUGGACAAAAACAAGCUGAUGGAUGCUCUGAAGCAUGCUUCCAACAUGCUGGGUGAACUGAGGACCUCUAUGCUCUCUCCAAAAAGCUACUAUGAGCUCUAUAUGGCCAUCUCUGAUGAACUCCACUACCUGGAGGUUUAUCUGACUGAUGAGUUUGCCAAGGGUCGCAAGGUGGCAGAUCUCUAUGAGCUGGUGCAGUAUGCAGGGAAUAUCAUCCCAAGACUCUAUCUGCUAAUCACAGUGGGCGUGGUGUAUGUUCGCUCAUUCCCCCAGUCUCGCAAGGACAUUCUGAAGGACCUGGUUGAGAUGUGUCGUGGUGUCCAGCACCCACUCAGGGGCCUCUUUCUCAGAAACUAUCUGUUGCAGUGCACCCGCAAUAUACUGCCAGAUGAUGGAGAGCAGUCAGAGGGAUCAGAGGAGAUGACCGGUGAUAUCAACGACUCCAUUGACUUUGUCCUUUUGAACUUUGCGGAAAUGAACAAGUUAUGGGUUCGAAUGCAGCAUCAGGGUCACAGCCGAGACAGAGAGAAGCGAGAAAAGGAGCGACAAGAACUUAGGAUUCUGGUGGGCACUAACCUAGUUCGCCUCAGCCAACUGGAGGGGGUCAACGUGGACAAGUACAAACAGAUUGUUCUUCCUGGAGUGUUGGAGCAGGUAGUGAACUGCAGGGACUCACUGGCUCAGGAGUAUCUGAUGGAGUGCAUCAUUCAGGUUUUCCCAGAUGAGUUCCACCUCCAGACCCUGAACCCUUUCCUGCGUUCCUGCGCUGAGCUUCAUCAGCAUGUCAAUGUCAAGAACAUCAUCAUUGCCCUCAUUGACAGGCUUGCUUUGUUUGCUCAUCGAGAAGAUGGCCCUGGCAUUCCAACUGAGAUCAAGCUGUUUGACAUCUUCUCUCAGCAAGUGGCCACUGUCAUUCAAUCUCGCCAGGACAUGCCAUCAGAAGACGUGGUCUCUCUUCAGGUCUCUCUCAUCAAUUUGGCCAUGAAAUGCUACCCUGAACGAGUUGACUAUGUAGAUAAGGUCCUGGAAAGCACUGUGGAGAUAUUCAACAAGCUCAAUUUGGAACACAUAGCAACUAGCAGCGCAGUGUCAAAAGAACUGACUCGACUGCUGAAGAUCCCAGUGGAUACCUACAACAAUGUCCUGACUGUGCUGCAGCUCAAGCACUUCCCACCUCUCUUCGAAUACUUCGACUACGAGUCACGCAAAAGCAUGAGUUGCUACGUGCUAAGCAACACUCUGGACUACACCACCACCAUUGUGGCACAAGAACAGGUGGACGCCAUCUUGAACUUGGUAUCCACACUGAUUCAAGACCAGCCAGACCAACCAGCUGAUGACCCUGACCCUGAGGACUUUUCUGAGGAGCAGAGCCUUGUGGGUCGUUUCAUCCAUCUGCUCCACUCUGAAGAUCCUGAUCAGCAGUACCUUAUUCUGAACACCGCCCGGAAACAUUUUGGUGCGGGCGGAAACCAAAGGAUUCGCUACACACUUCCCCCUCUGGUUUUCGCUGCAUACCAGCUUGCCUUCAGAUACAAGGAAAGCUCUUCUUUGGAUGACAAGUGGGAAAAGAAGUGUCAGAAGAUAUUUUCCUUCGCACAUCAGACUAUCGGCGCGCUAAUCAAGGCUGAGCUUGCAGAGCUACCCCUUCGACUUUUCCUGCAGGGGGCACUGGCUGCAGGCGAGAUUGGCUUUGAGAACCAUGAGACUGUAGCAUACGAGUUCAUGUCACAGGCCUUCUCUCUGUAUGAGGAUGAGAUCAGUGACUCCAAAGCCCAGCUGGCAGCCAUCACUCUGAUCAUUGGUACCUUCGAGCGAAUGCGUUGUUUCAGCGAGGAAAACCACGAGCCGUUGAGGACUCAGUGCGCGCUUGCUGCCUCCAAGCUGUUAAAGAAGCCUGACCAGUGCAGAGCUGUCAGUAUUUGUGCCCAUCUUUUUUGGUCAGGUCGCAGCACUGACAAAAAUGGUGAAGAGAUCCGUGAUGGCAAGAGGGUGAUGGAGUGCCUAAAGAAAGCCCUGAAGAUUGCCAACCAGUGCAUGGACCCAUCGCUGCAAGUCCAGCUUUUCAUUGAAAUCCUCAACAGAUAUGUCUGUUUUUAUGAGAGAGAAAAUGAUGCGGUGACUGUCCAGGUACUAAAUCAGCUGAUUCAAAAGAUCAGGGAAGAUCUUCCUAACCUGGAGGCAAGUGAAGAAACAGAGCAAAUCAACAAACACUUCCACAACACACUGGAGCAUCUUCGCCUGCAGAGAGAAUCCCCAGAGUCUGAGGGCCCUGCCUAUGAGGGCCUGGUCCUUUAAAACUAUUGCAGGUUGGAAGAAUGUGAAGUGCACCCAUAAGUGUUUCACUAUAUUAUGAAUAUAAAACUGCACAUACAAGAACAAAAAAAAAAUCCCAUCCUUUAGGUGAGAAAUAAAAAUGUCAAGUAAAACUAAAAUAACUUUUUUAAUUAUUGUGUAUUUUUCUGCAUCAUUUCAUCUUCACUGUCCCUCACUAGCAGAGCUGUUUUCUGCAACAGGAUGGAGAACUUGUGUCAGCAACACUGUACUUGGCUUCAAUAUGCACUUGUGGCAAGUCUUAGGUGCCAUUCCUUUAUGAAUUAAUACAUGACCAAUUUGUCUUUAAUCUGCAUCAUUUCAUUGUUUAUAGUACACAUACAAGUCAUGAGUGUGAGUAAUACCAAGAAGUGAAUUUAUUAGCAAAGUGUAUAAAAGCUACAGGAAUAUAGUACUGGUGUUGUAUGCAAGCUAGUUUCUAAACCCCAAAAAAUCUAUAACUCUACUGUUCUUUAGGAUGGCUUUUCUGCUAUGUUUUAAGCAUGUUGGGGCCAACCAAACUGAAUACUAAAUGGAAGCACAGGCAAUUCUUCUUCCAUCCCAGCUUGGCUCCAAGAAAUUACAAAUAGCCUUGCAAAUCUGUGUGUGAGCCUAAAAGAAUUUUUCAGAAGACCCAAUCUUCGCACGCUUUGGCAGUCCUUUUAAUAACUUAUCCACCUCUCUAUGAACUGCAUACUUUAGGUAGAAGUUUAUUUGUAGACUUCUCACCAGUGGCUUUAUGCAUUCAGAACUGCAGCAUGUGUUUGCAUCCUUUAGUGUGCUUUUAUCAUGCUUGUACCUUGUACCAGUGUUCCUUUAUUCCUUAUGGCUUGCACCAACUACAGUUUGACUUUUCAAAAUUAUGUUGCUCAAUGAAAUCCUGUUACUUGGUGACACUGUUCAUUCAGAUUAAUCUGUUGCUGAGGGCUACAGCAAUGUCUUAGGGUUGUAUGCUAGUUGAAAAUUUACCAGACCGAGUACAUAAUGGUUUAUAGGUUUGCGUGUAAGAUUUUGGAAUUAUUUACUGCACCAUCUGACAGUGUCUGCUGAUCUCUCUUUCUUAGCUAUUACUGAUUUGUUGAAUGCGGUAUUUACCAUUUUAUCUCCCUUUUUGAAUCUGUGUAAACCCACUUGUAAAUCAAAUAAAGAAAGCUGAUUAAAUACCAA